GUUCACUUGAGGCUUGAGGUCUUCUACGUAAACAUGUUUGAAAUGUUUGAAUCAGUGUGUGAUCAGUAGGUUUGAAUUCUUUCAAAUUGUAUUUGGUUGUUCGAAAAAUGAAUUUGUAACCUAUAUGAAGGAAUUAUUAUUACAUUUUGAAUACAUUUAAUAUAUGUCACGAAAGUUGAAACGUAAACUCCUAAAUACAGCAACAAAAUGGAUACUACUGUUUCUUCAUCUCCGUUGCGACGGAAAUCAGUUCUUCCACAGAAAUCAGUAGAUUCUUCAGUUCUGGUAGAAAAUGACGAUGAAGCAGAACGUUUGGCUCGUCGUCGUGAAAAUGUUACUACUUCAACGUUGCCGUCUUCCGGAAGAUUGUCCUUAGGCCUUAGCUCCUUAAAUAAUAUACCAACUCCUCAAAUGAUAGAGCGUAUAAGUCAGUGUAUAAAACUGGGAGCUGAGAAUAAAAUUAAUCCGCAAAAUGCAUUCAGUUUAGAGAUGAUCGACUUCAUGACAUACAUGGUCAAGAAACAGGAUGCCAAUAUGUCUAAUUUACAAGUAGCCAGUACAUCUUUAGAUGUAAGUACUAAGAUUUAUGGAUUUCGAGUUGACGGUAUUCAUUCGGAAAUACUGAAAAUGAUGACCGGGUUAGAGAAAGAGGUUCAAAGCAUUAUAGAACCAAUGGAUGUUCAGGAAAAUGAUACAGGUCAAUUAGAAGUACCAGUAAAGAACAAAAAAAAGAAAACUAAGCAAAUAUGUAUCACAGUGGAAGCUUUAGGAACAACUGUCGAAAUUAAGAAACCUUCUCUAUUAAGUAUAAGUGGAGAUUUAGAAAGUACAGAUAUGUUGGAUCAAGUAACAUUACCUAACCAUGCAAAUUCUGGGUUUUAUUUACAUCCAUAUAAUGAUGUUUUGGUGGACACGGUAAAUUGUAAAGAUAUACAAUGUAAUGAUGUAAGCAUUCCAAGAAUAGAAGACAUUUCAAAUAUGCAAAUUUGUCCAUUCAUUCAUCACUUUAACUUUCUAAGUUGGAAUGCAGAUGAUAUUGAAGCAGAGAAGACUAUGGAAGAAGAAACUAAUCAAAAUAGAUUUCACUUUGAUCUUAAUGCAAGUGUAUCGUAUGAUAAUGAACUUUCAGAUACCAGUAGAAAUCCUUAUGAUCUUGAAGUGAACGAAGAGGAAAUUGUAAAUAGAUUUGUUGGAACUUCUAAUCAAGUACAGAAUAUUGUAGAUUUUCGAGAAGUUGUAACUACGUCAGCAUCGACGAAAGUUUCAGAAUAUUCAUAUAUUCAAAAAAAUGUACACAUACAUUGGGCAGGACCCACACACUGGAAAUGUACAAAUUUGAACAAAAUGUUAAGUAACGAUAAUAUAAUUGGAACGUGUCGGCAAACACAGGCCAGGAAGAGAAAAGACAUAAUAUUGAUGUAUGAUAAUGAAACGCUUAAAAACCUAAAUGAUAAAUUUGUGCCAAGUCAAUCACUUAAAAUAAGUGUUAGAACAGCUAAACAGAACUGGAAUGAGGAAGAACUUACAUUACCACUAGAUGCACAUUAUGAUAUCAAACAAGCUAGCAUUUUGUAUCUUCUUGAAAUGUUUAGGUAUUCAAAAUACGAAGAUGAAAUGAAUCGUAAAAAUGUAUCAGACAUAGACAAUGAUAAUUAUGACAAUGAGAAUAACAUAGACUAUUUGUCUGAGUCAAAUAACAAUGAAGUACAUGAAGCUGAUGAACCUAAUCUAAUUAAUAAUGAUAUUGGAUCAACAGAUGAAAGUAUGUUAAGAACACAAGGUCCUCUUACUGGAAAUAAUUUAGUUGUUGCUCCCAAACAAACAAAUAAGUUAUUGAUCGCGCAUUGUUCGCGUCAAAAGAAAAUUGAUAUGAGAGAAUUGAAAAAAUCCAUGUGGAAAUGUUUAACCACAGGUGGAAUUGCAAAUACAGAAGAUGUGGAACAAGAUGCUUACAAUAAAGUAAAAGGCAAAAAAGAUUUUAGUCAGAUUUAUAAAGAACUGCCGAAUCUAUUAUCAAAAACUAAUAGAGAAGCGCUAAGUUUCCCAGUUUCUUUUAUAUCUCUAUUACAUUUAGCAAAUGAGAAAUUAUUACAAUUAACUACUCCUUCUGAUAUGUCUGAUGCAAUUAUAGAGCAAGAUUGAAUGGAAUAUCUGCACAUUUUGUGUACAAAAGAGACCAGUUAAUUGUUUUAAAUAAUUGUACUAACUAUUAAUAAGCAACAU